UUAUGCAACCGUACUUGUUUUCUUUCUUUUGUGUAUUAUGUCUCACGUUUUCUCUUUGUGUAUUUUGGAAGAUUUUAUAGGUUAAUUGUUGUAAACACAUUAUGUGUAAUACCGUAAAAAUACAAAACAAACCUGGAUGACAAAAAAAAGGAGCAAAACAGAGGAAAGGAAGAAGCCUGAAAGUAAAGAUUUUGCAAAAUUGCAAAUCUUGAAGGAUUUUAGCUGUCCGGCUAUCCAGAUUCCUAUAAUUCGACACUUGACUUCGUCACUUUACUUCGUCAGUAUUCGCCAUUGUGCAGUUUGUAGAAAUUCAAACUAAUUGUGACGCUGAAGAUGCGUCGAUAAAUUUUGUCGAUAAGUGAAACGUGCGUGAAGGUUCCUUCGUCGAAGGUUCGUGCAAAAUGAUUUGUUGUGAAUUUAUAAAACAUCACCGAAUGUGAAGCUUGUCGUCUAACUUCGUCCUUUUAAUUAAACUGUCGAUUCAUACACGAGACUGAAUUACGUUCCUGGAUCGUGCUACACGCCACACAUGUUUACGUCUGAGAGCACAUGCUUUAUUUGCCACUUGCUCUUAAUUAACAAUCAAACCCAAGCAACAUGUGUACGCCAGCGAAGAUUAGAAAAUUGGACGAAGUCGUGGUGAACAGAAUCGCGGCUGGAGAGAUCAUCCAAAGACCGGCGAACGCGUUGAAGGAGCUAAUAGAGAAUAGUUUAGACGCCAAAACGACGAACAUACAAAUCACCACGAAGGAGGGAGGCUUGAAGCUACUGCAGAUACAGGAUAAUGGCACUGGUAUCCGAAAAGAGGACAUGGAGAUUGUAUGCGAGAGAUUCACCACAAGCAAGCUGCAAAAGUUCGAGGACCUCAGCAGCCUUACGACAUUCGGAUUCCGAGGAGAAGCUCUGGCUAGUAUCAGUCAUAUAGCCCUUCUUUCCAUCACGACGAAGACAGCGGAUGAAAAAUGCGCCUACAAAGCGUCGUAUAUUAACAGCAAACUGAAAGCACCUCCGGCGCCUUGUGCCGGAAAUCAAGGCACUGUGAUAACAAUAGAGAAUCUGUUCUACAACGUGGCGACUCGUAGAAAAGCUUUGUCAAACUCAUCCGAGGAAUUUACCAAGAUUACGGAAGUAGUCAUGAGAUAUGCUGUGCAUAAUCCGGCGGUAGGGUUUACAUUGAAAAAGCAUGGCGAGCCGAGUCCGCAAGUCCGAACGCCACACAAUUCGACUAAACAGAGUAACAUAAGGAUAUUAUAUGGCAAUCCGGUUGCUCGUGAACUAUUAGAAGUUGAGCUUGACGACAAGGAUUAUAAAUUUAAGAUGCACGGUCUAGUGACAAAUCCGAAUUAUACGAAUAAGCGAAUGGUGAUGUUGCUAUUCAUCAACAAUCGAUUGGUCGAUUCUGCUUCGAUCCGUAAGAUGUUGGAAGACAUCUACUCUGUGUAUCUCCCGAAAAAGGCCCAUCCGUGGUGUUACAUAUCCUUGGACAUUAACCCACAGAAUAUUGACGUCAAUGUACACCCGACCAAGCACGAGGUCCGAUUUCUUCACGAGGAUGCGAUAAUCGAAAGAAUGAAAUUCGCUUUGGACGAGAGACUGGCCGGCAACAGCGCGUCUAGGACGUUUUACUUGCAGGCCAGAUUACCGAAGGCAGACAUCACUAAGGAAGUUCUGGAAGAGGUGUUACCAGACUACAACAAAGGAAAUUCAGAUAAAUUGAAAAAGAUUCACGCCAGAGAGUUGAUUAGGACAGAUUCGUCCGAUCAGAAGCUUGACAAGUUUAAUUUUACCAUACAUUUCGAGCAACGUAAGAGCGACAGUGAUACUCAGGUGAAAGAAUCGACACACAAUACGGAUCCCGACUCUUCUAAUUCUAAAAUUCCACUCACCGUACCUGAUGUUACUGCGGAAAAUCCGCCCGCUGACAAUGAAUGCCAAGAGAAAGAUUCGAGCUUGAAUAACUCAGAACACAAUUCUACAUUAUUAAAUACCGAAGAGACUCCGAUCGAUAAUAAUUCAACAAAUUGGAGCGAUAUACUAAAUACCAAAACUUCAACAUCGUUAGACUCGCAAAACACUUGCGAUCCAAGUAGUUCCAUGCAAAAGGACAAAUCGGAAAAUGUCUGUCCGGAGGACAAUACCACAUUUGACAUCGCGGAAUUUCUAAAAGAUCUGGAUGAGGAAACGGAUGAUUCCGAAGAAGACAAGCCUGUAGAUGAGAUAGCUGAUAAGGCUCGUAAGCAAGUGUAUCAGUAUUUCGGAAACAGGGACAUUAUCGAGAAUGCAAAGAAAAAUUCGGAAAAAGAAGAGGAACGGAUAUUGUAUACGGACGAUAAACAGAAAGAAGGUGAAAGUUCUGUGUCUAACGCAAGUCAAUCUGAAAGACUAUCCUCCGCCGAGACAAAUAUUUCUGCUGAUGAAUCUCCGAAAUCUACGAAGCAAUUCAAGUCGUAUUCUGUGAACGACUUUAGACACGAAGUGAAAUUAACUAGUAUUUUAAAAUUACGUAAGGAAGUUGAAGACGAAUGUCACGAGGGAUUGAGAGACAUCCUAGCGAACUUGACAUUUGUUGGCUGCAUCGAUCAAACUUCGGCUUUGAUACAGAGCGGAGUGAACUUAUACAUAUGCAAUACGAGAAAAUUAGCGGAGGAGCUUUUUUAUGAAAUCAUGCUUUAUGAUUUUACAAACUUUGGCGUCAUCAAAUUUUCAGAACGGAUAUCGUUGUUCGAUUUAGCAAUGAUUGCUUUAGACUCGGGGGAAACUGGCUGGACGGAAGAGGACGGGCCAAAGGAAGAAUUGGCGGCAAGGGUGAAGGAGUUACUCUUAGAAAAGGCGGACAUGAUGAACGAAUAUUUUUCGAUUGUCAUGGAUAAAGUGGGAAAUUUGAGAUCGUUGCCCGUAUUGUUAGACAAAUAUUUUCCAUACGAAGCGGAAAUUCCAUUGUACAUGAUGCGACUAGCAACGGAAGUUGAAUGGAGAAAGGAACAACAGUGCUUUCAAAAUAUUUGCCGGGAAACGGCAAAGUUUUACAGCUACAUCAAUCCGAAGCAUCAGACACACGAUUGGAAAUAUAUAACCGAGCACGUUUUAUAUCCGGCAAUCAAAGAAAGUUUACUCCCACCGAAACACUUCGCUCACGAUUCAACGAUAUUACAAAUAGCUAGUUUACCUGAUUUGUAUAAAGUGUUCGAGAGAUGUUAAAUUACACUCUUAAGGAUAUAAAAAUACAUUCUACUUCUUCUUACGCGCCAUAUGAGAAUCGAAUUCACAAACUCAAAUCCGACAAGUAUUUAAUAUUAUGUAGAUGUAUACAGGUUACGACCUACCCUAUAUUUUUGUGAUACGGAUUUUUUAUAUCAAGAUAUUACCGAAGA